UAUCGGAUUGUUUAUCCGGUGAUGUUCCCUUGAACCGGGACCAAAUCAACUGGCCACAGCAACUAAAGCUGGGAGUGGGAAGAUGAACGAUCUGCGAAUGUAGUUUUUUGGGGGAAAACGUACCGUUGGAUUACUUGUUAAAUAAUCAUUAUUCAUCAUGAAGGUGGGCUUUGCACUCGUUCUCCUCUGGUCUCUCCCAAUAACCAAUGUGCUUGCAGAACUGCCUCAACCUCAGAACCUGACUCUGCUCACCCUGAACACACAGUAUGUACUGACGUGGGACUGGGACCAGACGACCACAGGCAACUCUGUUACCUUCACUGUAGAGUACAUGGCGAAGUACAAGAUGAAGAUGAAGAAGAAGAACUGGAGCCGUGUGUGUGAAAGGACCACACGCACCCGCUGUGACCUCACAGGUUCUGAUCUGCACUACCUGGGAAUGUACGUGCUCAGAGUCCGAGCCAGCGCAGGCGGAGUCAACUCGGACUGGGUCAACAAAGACUUCUGCCCUGAUAUCGAUGCUUCGUUGGGCCCACCGUCCAGGGUGACGAUGGCUCCUGUGGGGAACCUGCUGGACGUGACCAUCUCUGACCCCGUGAGCAGCACCCAGCACUCCAUGAAGGAACACGUCCUCUACCUGUACUACCGCAUCCUGUACUGGAGCCGCUCUGAUGACCCUCAGGGUCUGAAGCCUAAAGUGUUGGACUCUAGCAACAACCUGGUGACGCUGCCUGAGCUGGAGGCCUGGACGUGGUACUGUGUCAUGAUCCAGUCUCGCUACGACUACUACAACAAGACUAGCAGCUACACAGAACCCCAGUGCAUGCAGACGGAGGGUGACACCCCGUACUGGCAGAUCUUCCUGUACUUCCUGGUCUCCAUGAUGGUGUGUUUCCUGCUCGUGUUGCUUCCCUCCUACGCCUUCUUCAGGUUCUACAGAGUCCUCAAAAACACCUUUUACCCCUCUAUCCAGCUGCCUGCACACAUCCAGGAGUACCUCUGUGACUCCUCCCCUGGCUCCGACAUGCCCCGCCUCCUCACUGCUGAUUCAGAGGCGGAGCUGUGCUGUGAUAAGCUGACCAUCUAUCCUGAGGUGGUGCUACUGGAGAUACACGUCCCUCCUCCCCUCACAGCGCCCCCCUCAGAGCUGGAGCAGGACAGCGGCAGGCACAUCCGCCAGGACAGCGGAGACUCUGGAAUCUACUCCACAGAGGGAGGCUCCGCCCAGCAGGGUUGUAGUGGUGGGGAGCCAAUCAGGAGAGACCAGGAAGUGGACUCCUGGCAGACACUAGAGCAGGUCAAGAUGGAGGAGAUGGGGAGAGAGUCGGCUGACGAAAGAGAUCUGGACGAGGGGAUUGUGGAUGUUUGCGUCUGAGGAGAAAUGGAGAGAGGAGAGCUGAGUGGAAAGCAUCAAUGAUGGUUGGCGAUUUGUAAUGAGGAAAUGAGAAUGGUUGCACAGAAUGUUCUCAAGUCUCCGUCUUGCUGCUUUUCCUCAAAGGACACUGAAGACGAUGACGUCUCUGAGCCAAAGACUCAUCGUCACCUGUCCUGCCUUCAUUAAAGGAAACAUCUACUCCAAAACUAUCUUAUGAUAUUGUUCCAUUAAGUGCACUGUUGAUACAGUCCCAAAAUGUUUUGCAUGUCAACAGAUACGUUUUCAAAAUAUUGGACUUUCAAGAAGCAAAGUGUCACAUGAUGUAAAAUGCAUCAUUGUGUGCCAAGUGACACUUUGCUUCUUGAAAGUCCCAAUAUUUAGAAAACGUAUCUGUUGACAUGCAAAGCAUUUUGGGACUGUAUCAUCAGUGGACUUAAUGAAUCCCAUGUAGCUGUGUUUUUUUUUUUCAAGGGUAUAGAAACAAGCUUUAAAAUGUCAGAUUUAGUAUGGGGGGGAGGACCAUUUGACUUCAAGUUGUCUAAAAGACCCCAGUCCAUCUUGCUUUUCGAUGGCCGGUGUAAUGACGGACAUGUUUUACAUUUACAUUACAUUUAAGUCAUUUAGCAGACGCUCUUAUCCAGAGCGACUUACAAAUUGGUGCAUUCACCUUAUGUUUUAGUGUAGUUUGGAACACGUUUAUCUCAUCUCAAGACUCGGCUGGUCACAGCCAAGGGCGUACUUUCUGUUCCCAGUGAAAUCUGAGACCGUCGCUCCAUUUUAGCGUCCUGUGAAGUGUGUGAAUCCAGGGGGAAACAGGGUAGCUCAUUGUGUUUAAACAACAGGGUAUCAGUUUUAACCAUUUCAAUCCCCCAAAAAAUCUACCUAUUUUUCCUGUCAAGACAUUUUCUUGAAAAGGAAUGGUUCUGGUUAAUUCAUCUUCAAAACUAAUCCUGUCGUGUGUGUGUGUGCCUUGGAUAGAUAAGACGGUACAUUGGCAGCAGUGCAUUUCGUGUGUGGGCGUGUGUUGUCAGUGUAAGUACUGAAUGUCUAUGAGAGUCCUGUGUGUGUGCGUGCUUAGUAUAGAUGAUAGACAGUACAUUGGCAGUAGCGUAUUUGGUGUGUGUGUGUCAGUGUAAGUACUGAAUGUCCUGUGUGUACAUAGUCACAUCUGAGUGCCUGUUGUUUUUUUUAAAAAAUUAUUGUGUUACUUUUAGAAACAUUUAAUUAGUUUUGUCCUUUUAUGAUUCUUAUAGAAUCUGACAUCAGGAAGUGUCAUGUUUUCUCUCUGAUACCUUAUUAUUUGACUUCAUCUUUGUUUUGAAAGGUGCUUUGGUCCAACUGUUACUGAUUGGGCCCCUGGGUCUUAAACAAGAACUGAAUCCCUGAAGGUCUAUGUUUAUUGAUGUCUCUCUUCCUCUUUCUGAUGGUUUGUUCGCUGAGGUGGAACAACUUCCACCUAGAGCAGGGCUGCCCAACCCUCUUUACAUUUACAUUUAAGUCAUUUAGCAGACGCUCUUAUCCAGAGGAUAAGGAGGAGGAGAGGAGAGGAGGAGAGACAUCAGUAAACAGCCCUGGCCUAGAGGACGGUAGAUCUCCAGGAAGAGAGACAUCAGUAAACAGCCCUGGCCUAGAGGACGGUAGAUCUCCAGGAAGAGAGACAUCAGUAAACAGCCCUGGCCUAGAGGACGGUAGAUCUCCAGGAAGAGAGACAUCAGUAAACAGCCCUGGCCUAGAGGACGGUAGAUCUCCAGGAAGAGAGACAUCAGUAAACAGCCCUGGCCUAGAGGACGGUAGAUCUCCAGGAAGAGAGACAUCAGUAAACAGCCCUGGCCUAGAGGACGGUAGAUCUCCAGGAAGAGAGACAUCAGUAAACAGCCCUGGCCUAGAGGACGGUAGAUCUCCAGGAAGAGAGACAUCAGUAAACAGCCCUGGCCUAGAGGACGGUAGAUCUCCAGGAAGAGAGACAUCAGUAAACAGCCCUGGCCUAGAGGACGGUAGAUCUCCAGGAAGAGAGACAUCAGUAAACAGCCCUGGCCUAGAGGACGGUAGAUCUCCAGGAAGAGAGACAUCAGUAAACAGCCCUGGCCUAGAGGACGGUAGAUCUCCAGGAAGAGAGACAUCAGUAAACAGCCCUGGCCUAGAGGACGGUCUCUCUUCCUGGAGAUCUACAUCAGUAAACAGCCCUGGCCUAGAGGACGGUAGAUCUCCAGGAAGAGAGACAUCAGUAAACAGCCCUGGCCUAGAGGACGGUAGAUCUCCAGGAAGAGAGACAUCAGUAAACAGCCCUGGCCUAGAGGACGGUCUCUCUUCCUGGAGAUCUACAUCAGUAAACAGCCCUGGCCUAGAGGACGGUAGAUCUCCAGGAAGAGAGACAUCAGUAAACAGCCCUGGCCUAGAGGACGGUAGAUCUCCAGGAAGAGAGACAUCAAUAAACAGCCCUGGCCUAGAGGUUUUUCCACCACGUUUUGUCAAAGUUCAACAAGGAAAUAAUCAGCAUAACAUUUGGAUAAGAAGUGACAUGAAACCAAAUGCAUUAACAAAUCACCAUACCUUGCAUCUGUCAAAGCCUCAUAACCACAGCCAAUGCAAAUGUUUAUCGUCUCCGCUUUAUACCAAGCUGACGUCUGACGCAGAGUGAUAUUUACCUAAUGUGAGUUAAGUAGUGAAUGGUGUUCCCAAAAUAUUGUGGCAAUUUAUAUCGUUGGGCAUGCUGUACAAUACUGAACAUGCUGUAAACUAUUGCUUCCAAAUGGAGUUGCAUUCAUAUUAAAGAAAGUAUCUCUCAUCUCAUUA